AAUGCAAAGGGAUGUAAGAUGGCAGAGCUACAAAUGCUACUAGAGGAGGAAAUCCCCGCCGGGAAACGAGCGCUUGUGGAGAGCUACCAGAACCUUUCCCGUGUCGCGGAAUACUGCGAAAACAAUUAUGUUCAGGCUCAAGAUAAGAAAAAGGCCCUGGAGGAGACCAAAGCCUACACCACUCAGUCUCUGGCCAGCGUAGCCUAUCAGAUCAAUGCCUUAGCCAACAAUGUGCUGCAGCUACUGGACAUCCAGGCCUCGCAACUACGCCGCAUGGAGUCUUCAAUCAACCACAUCUCUCAGACUGUGGACAUACACAAAGAGAAGGUGGCUCGCCGAGAGAUUGGGAUCCUGACCACAAACAAGAACACGUCCCGCACCCACAAAAUCAUUGCCCCUGGCAACAUGGAGCGGCCUGUACGCUACAUCCGAAAGCCCAUCGACUACACUCUGCUGGACGACGUGGGACAUGGGGUCAAAUGGCUUAAAGCCAAGCAACAUGGAAACAAUGCAGCAGGGCGAGGAGGAGGCACACUGUCCCGGACCAAUCCUCCAACACAGAAACCUCCAAGCCCUCCUAUGGCGGGCCGUGGCACUCUAGGACGUAAUACUCCAUAUAAGACACUGGAGCCAGUGAAGCCUCCAGUGGUGCCUAACGACUACAUGACAAGCCCUGCCCGCCUUGGCAACCAGCACAGCCCUGCACGCACUGCCUCCCUCAACCAGAGACCCAGGACUCACAGUGGGAGCAGUGGUGGAAGUGGGGGCAGAGAAAACAGUGGCAGUAGUGGAGUGGGGAUGCCUUUGGCUGUUCCUACCCCAUCCCCUCCCAGUAUGGGCCAAGUUGCCACAUCUGCUGCCUCAGUGCCACAGGGCCCAGGUUUGGGUCCGAUCCCCAUGUCCCAGUUUGGCACCAUCUCACGGCAGAUUUCCCGCCACAACUCGUCAACCACAUCGUCCGCCUCAAUGGUUUCGGCUACGGGCACAUACCGCCGUGCGCCCUCUGUGUCCUCCCAACAGCCACACAUCAACGGAGGACCAGGCUACCCACAAAACUCAGUGUCUGUGGCUCCUCCACCUCCGCCCAUGGUGCAGCUGACCCCACAGAUCCCCCUCACUGGCUUUGUGGCCAGAAUGCAGGAGAGCAUCACAGACAGCCCUGCCCCACCUCCUCCUCCCCCUCCUGAGGACCUGUCAGUGUUUGAGGAGCCCUCCCCCCCUCCACCCCCUCCCCCGGUGGACUAUGAGGAAGACGAGGCCGCUGUGGUUCACUACAGCGACCCAUACGCGGACGGAGACCCACACUGGGCACCCAAGAGCUAUCUAGAGAAAGUUGUGGCUAUCUAUGACUACACCAAGGACAAAGAGGAUGAGCUUUCUUUCAUGGAGGGAGCCAUCAUCUACAUAAUCAAGAAGAACGACGACGGCUGGUUUGAAGGAGUCUGUAACGGCGUCACUGGACUCUUCCCCGGAAACUAUGUUGAGUCUAUCAUGCACUAUGCUGACUAAAACACACAACCCCAACAUACUGCCAUUUUGAACUCAAAUGUGGAAGAUAUGUACAGAGGUGAAUGCAGUGUAGCGAUAUGUACAGCUCAGUCUGAAUGAAGUGCCAUGGUGAAAUCUUAGCAGUUUACUUGGUUAUUUUUGAAAGAUAAUAAGGGACCAGUCCAAAAACUUGUCGCACAAGAAGAAGGGUUGAAAAGCCUUGGAUAGUGGCGUAUGUUAGUUUACACUGUUUUGAUCAGAAGGAGGAAAAGUUUAAACAACAUAACAAUGAUCAAAUUUACGCAAAAUCUCAAAUGUCUCCAAAUUCCAAAUUCAGAAGCUUCCUAUCCAUCACUUGCACUGUGAAUGAUAAAGAGACCUACUACACAAAAUAUAUAAGUAUUGGGAACUGAAAUGAUUGUGUGCCACUGUUGAUGUUCGGUUUGCAGAAAUGUGAGGAGUGUGUAAAGAAUGCAUUGAAACUUAAAAAAAGAGAAAUUGUUCUUGUUCCUGGUGACGUUACUUUCCUUCUUGUAAAUAUUCUGUAACUUGCGAAGCUGCCAGUGCGUUGUCCGUCUGUGCUUCACCGUGAGUCUCCAUCAGUGGGAAGUGGUGGUGCCAGCAUCUGAAGGCUUGUGUUACAUUCGAUAUGUACUUGAAUACUCAUUUGCCCUCAUCACUUUGUGCCAUUUUAAGUCAUGAAUGAACAUAAUUUUGCA